GGGCGGGGCUUGCGCGCGCCUCGCGCCGGGGGCGCGGGAGGGAGCGGCGCUCGGGCGCGCGCGCGCGAAAAGAGAGAGAGUGCGAGCGCCGAAAGCGGCGUGUGCGGAGCUGUGGGUGCUCAGCGAUAACCGGAGCCGCCACCGCGCAUCCGCCGGCAGAUAUGGUCCUGAACACCGAGAGCACAUGACUUCAAAGAUGGACAACUGGGUCUGUUAUAAGUUGUGAUUGGCCUUAAGCUGCCUUGCAACCGUUGAAGAACUCAACAGGAUUUCUCUUAUUCCCGAUUUAUGCCUAUAUAGUUGCCUCACACCACCAGCUUAAUCAUGUAUGGGAGUGCUCGAUCAGUCGGUAAGGUUGAGCCGAGCAACCAGAGUCCAGGGCGUUCACCAAGGCUGCCACGGUCACCACGCUUGGGCCAUCGUCGAACCAACAGCACAGGAGGCAGUUCUGGGAGUAGUACUGGGGGUGGCAGUGGGAAAACCCUUUCUAUGGAAAAUAUUCAGUCCUUAAAUGCUGCCUAUGCUACGUCUGGCCCUAUGUAUCUUAGUGACCAUGAGAACGUGGGUGCAGACACCCCAAAAAGCACCAUGACUUUGGGCCGAUCUGGGGGGCGGCUGCCUUACGGUGUUAGGAUGACUGCAAUGGGUAGCAGCCCUAACAUUGCCAGUAGUGGAGUUGCCAGCGAUACUAUUGCAUUUGGAGAGCACCAUCUCCCUCCAGUGAGUAUGGCAUCCACUGUGCCUCACUCGCUGCGCCAGGCCAGGGAUAACACAAUAAUGGAUCUGCAGACACAACUCAAAGAAGUAUUAAGGGAAAACGAUCUGCUUCGGAAGGAUGUGGAGGUGAAAGAAAGCAAGCUGAGUUCUUCUAUGAAUAGUAUCAAGACCUUCUGGAGUCCUGAGCUAAAAAAGGAGAGAGCGCUGAGGAAAGAUGAAGCUUCAAAAAUCACCAUUUGGAAGGAACAAUACAGAGUUUUGCAAGAAGAAAACCAGCAUAUGCAGAUGACCAUCCAGGCUCUUCAAGAUGAGCUUCGGAUCCAACGGGACCUGAACCAGCUUUUCCAGCAGGACAGCAGCACUAGAACCAGUGAGCCCUUUGUGGCAGAGCUGACAGAGGAAAACUUCCAACGGCUUCAUGCAGAGCAUGAACGCCAGGCCAAGGAACUCUUCCUUCUACGUAAAACCUUAGAAGAGAUGGAAUUGCGUAUUGAAACCCAGAAACAGACCUUAAAUGCACGUGAUGAGUCCAUCAAAAAGUUGCUAGAGAUGCUGCAGAGUAAAGGUCUGUCAGCCAAAGCCACUGAGGAAGAUCAUGAGCGAACAAGGCGAUUGGCUGAGGCAGAGAUGCAUGUGCACCACUUGGAAAGCCUUCUCGAACAGAAGGAAAAAGAAAACAACAUGCUGAGAGAGGAGAUCCAUCGUCGAUUUGAAAAUGCUCCUGACACAGCCAAGACAAAGGCUCUGCAAACUGUUAUUGAGAUGAAGGAUUCAAAAAUUUCUUCCAUGGAGCGUGGCCUUCGGGAUUUGGAAGAGGAGAUUCAGAUGUUGAAGUCAAAUGGAGCUCUGAGCACAGAGGAACGUGAGGAGGAAAUGAAGCAAAUGGAGGUGUACCGUAGUCAUUCCAAAUUCAUGAAAAACAAGGUAGAGCAACUGAAGGAAGAGCUAAGUGCCAAAGAGGCUCAAGGGGAGGACCUGAAAAAAAGAGUGGCUGGUCUCCAGACCGAGAUUGGUCAGGUGAAACAGGAGCUGUCACGCAAAGACACUGAGUUGCUGGCCUUGCAGACAAAGCUGGAGACCCUAACAAAUCAGUUCUCUGACAGCAAGCAGCAUAUUGAAGUUCUGAAAGAGUCACUUACAGCUAAAGAGCAAAGAGCUGCCAUCCUGCAGACAGAGGUAGAUGCAUUACGAUUACGUCUUGAAGAGAAGGAGACCAUGCUAAAUAAGAAGACAAAGCAGAUUCAGGAGAUGGCAGAGGAGAAAGGGACUCAAGCAGGAGAGAUCCAUGACCUCAAGGACAUGUUAGAGGUGAAGGAACGCAAAGUUAACGUUCUUCAGAAGAAGAUUGAAAAUCUUCAAGAACAGUUAAGAGACAAAGAGAAGCAAAUGAGCAGUUUAAAGGAGCGAGUGAAAUCCUUGCAGGCUGACACUACGAAUACAGACACCGCCUUGACCACACUGGAAGAAGCACUUGCAGAAAAGGAAAGGACCAUUGAGCGCCUAAAGGAGCAACGUGACAGAGAUGAACGAGAAAAACAGGAAGAAAUCGACAACUACAAAAAAGACAUUAAGGACCUGAAAGAGAAAGUCAGCGUUUUGCAAGGAGAUCUCACAGAGAAAGAGUCAUCCUUACUGGAUCUGAAGGAACAUGCUUCAUCCUUAGCUUCAUCAGGACUGAAGAAAGACUCAAGACUCAAAACACUAGAAAUUGCAUUGGAACAGAAAAAAGAAGAAUGUUUGAAGAUGGAAACUCAAUUGAAGAAGCAUCCUGAAGUUUUGUUGAGUCAUCCAUCCAAGCCAGCUCAUGAGGCAACACUGGAGGCUAGGGCCAGCCCAGAGUUGAGUGAUCGUAUGCAGCAGCUGGAAAGAGAGGUAACAAGGUAUCGGGAAGAAUCUAGCAAGGCUCAGGCUGAAGUGGAUCGUCUUCUGGAAAUCUUGAAAGAGAUGGAAAAUGAGAAGAAUGAUAAGGAUAAGAAGAUAGCAGAACUGGAGAGGCAAGUUAAAGAUCAAAAUAAGAAAGUAGCAAAUCUGAAGCACAAAGAGCAAGUGGAGAAAAAGAAGAGCGCACAGAUGCUGGAGGAGGCCAGGAGACGAGAGGAUAAUCUUAAUGACAGCUCCCAACAGCUUCAGGACAAUCUACGUAAAAAGGAUGAUCGUAUUGAAGAAUUGGAAGAGGCACUCAGAGAAAGUGUUCAGAUAACUGCAGAGCGGGAAAUGGUGCUAGCACAAGAGGAGUCAGCCAGGAUCAAUGCUGAGAAACAGGUAGAAGAGCUGAUGAUGGCCAUGGAGAAGGUUAAGCAGGAGCUGGAGUCAAUGAAAGCAAAACUGUCCUCUACACAGCAGUCUUUGGCUGAGAAGGAAACUCAUUUGACCAACCUACGAGCUGAAAGAAGGAAACAUUUGGAGGAAGUCCUGGAGAUGAAACAAGAAGCUCUUCUUGCUGCCAUUAGUGAAAAAGAUGCCAAUAUUGCUCUGCUGGAGCUUUCAUCCUCUAAGAAGAAGACCCAAGAUGAAGUGGCCGCACUGAAACGAGAGAAAGACCGUCUUGUGCAACAGCUUAAGCAGCAGACUCAGAACCGUAUGAAACUGAUGGCUGACAACUAUGAGGAUGACCACCUCAAAUCCUCAUCCCAUUCCAACCAAACCAACCACAAACCCUCCCCUGACCAGAUAAUUCAACCCCUCUUAGAACUUGAUCAGAAUCGCAGCAAGUUGAAGUUGUACAUUGGACAUCUGACAGCCCUCUGCCAUGACCGUGACCCCCUGAUUCUGCGUGGACUCACCCCACCUGCUUCCUACCACCUGGAUGAUGACCGGGCAGCUUGGGAGAAAGAGCUGCAGAAGAUGACCCAGGAACAGCUUCAUGACGAGUUAGAAAAGGGCGAGAAGGAAAGUGCAGAGCUGCAGGAGUUUGCCAAUGCCAUCUUACAGCAGAUAGCGGAUCACUGCCCUGACAUCCUGGAGCAAGUCGUCAAUGCACUUGAGGAAUCGUCAUGACCUCGGCCACAAGCCCCACCGGAGCAGCACACCAGUGGCCAAGCCCAGUCAGUCCAAGGAGCCAUGAGGGUAGAGAGGAAUGUGAAAGACAGAAAAUGGAAUCGAAACUUCUGGUGCACCUUUUACAAAGAAAACAAAAGCAGAAAAACCCUCUAAAAACUACAUGCUCUCUAGGUUCUUCCAGUCUGUGAUUAAUCAGUCAUGUUUGCAUUUGUCUUCUCACUGCCUUUCUACUUCAAAGUCCGAUUCCCCAUUGACUUUGUUGGUGGUGACUUUUGGAUACAGCUAAGCAAAACUCUUCCAAGUCUGCUGAGCAAAGAAGAGGGGAUCCACUGAAUACAAGCAGCUCUAGUUCUACAUGAGGUUGCGGAAGGAUAGUCCUUGCCUUUCAUCCAUUUAUUGCUGUUUUCUUUCUUUCUUUCUUUUUUUCCAUAAAAGCUGAAAGCCUGAAUUUCAUAGUGCUAAAACCAAACCUGAGCGUGCUCUGAUGAUGGUUCAUGACAGACUAGCAUCAGCUAGCUACCUCAGGUCUUGCUGCCUGUCUCACGUUUCUUACAUUCUUAGUUAACAGAGAGAGGAAAGGAAAGUUUCCCUGGUUGUUUCUGUUAGUCAUUUCAUUUAGCAGCUGGGAAACAACAUAGGCAUACUGGUACUUUCUGUUUACUUAACUUUGAUUUUUAUUGUUCACUGAUCUGACUCUGAAGUGCUCAGUGGGGCAUUUUUUCAGGUAACUGUUUUCAUCUGUUGACUUCUUGGUGUUUUUAGCCUAGCUUUCUCAUCAUCAGUCUGUGUCUCCUAAGUUCUUAUUUCAUAGAGAGCUCUCUCCCUUCAAGCAGUUGUCAUCAACAGGUCAGCUCCCAGCUUUAACUUGUAUAGUUUGUCCAUAGCCAAUUUUCCAGGCCGCUGUUUUGUGAACGCUAGCUGCCAUCAGAAUAGUCUUUGGCAUUUUGUAAAUGAGAAAAUUGCAUCAUUUAGCUUAAAAGUAUGAUUUUACACUAAGUUAGGUAGAUUCGUGACAUAGUUCUUACUAUGAUUGUAAUUUAAUUUAUUUUGGUUUAGCUUAGGCUGACAAGGGCUGAGUUUGAGUUCAGAGUAAUAACCCAUUCUUAUCAAGAGCAGCAUCUGCCAGAGUUGGCAGGCAGCUGAGUAGAUAGGUUUAAAAUCACAGCUUUAGUUAAACCAGUGCAAUUCUUAUAUGUAUAUGAGAGGCCUUAGUCUUGUUCCCAUCCAUCUUUGACACUUGUUAAAGCCCCUGCUGAUAGGUAAUAUGACCUGAACUAGCGAGUCGGUUUGUCAUUGUGGUAGCAAGUCAGAAUCCUAUUUUAUGAGUAGGACUUGGGUGUUCAUUCUUGGACUAUUCAUUAAUGGGGAAACAUGUUUUUUCCUGGCUACCAGUGGUUAUGUGUGUCUGGGGGCAUCUGCAGGACAGAACCCUUUAACACGUCCCCAUUGUGCUCCUUAAAGGAGUUGUUCCCCUUUAGCUUUCUCGUAUUACUUAAGAGAACAAAGGGAGGGGGAAAGGAAACCAAAUAUCAACACAACAGUGGAAGAAAUCUUGGUUUUCUGGUCACUAGCUAAUUACGAAUCCUCUCGGUAAACCUUGUGUUCAGAGCCUGCAGUUUAAUUCCAUAUGACUUACUACAUUUUUAGCUUAAUCACUACACUGUCGAGCUAAGGAAAAUGUUCCGAGCUGUUUUUAAAAAACUGCAUUUCUUAUGUCUUUCAAAUCCACAGCACAGCUGCCCUGUAGGUCUUUCACACCUCAUUUUUGUCUUAAGAAGGGACCGGACUGAUUACAUCCAGUAGAAAGGAGAUCAGCAAAAGUUUGAGUAAGGGAAGUUCUACCCUGUCUUUUUUUAUUCAAACAAGCACUGAAAAUUGGGCAAAACUGAAACCUUUUAUACAUGUAGACAUUAUUGAAAUCUUAUUUAGAAUAAAUCAAAUUCCAAUUCAUUCUACUGCAUUGAUUCAGCAGAAGGAACUGGAUCCAUAACCAUAGUGUCUACUAGGAAGAAAUAUGUAAGUCUCCAAAGUGAUUCACACCUUUUCCAUGUUUUGAACUGACAGUGCUUUGCAAAUCAGGAAAUGUAGCUUUAGUUCUCGCUGUAGUACCAGCCUGUGCUUGAAGCCUUUUUUUUUGUCAUGGAUGAGGAAAGUAAUGGAAACCUGAAUGUGUGCAAGGAGGGAACACCGGAAGGCAUGUAGACAGUGACUGUACAUACCACUGAGCCGUGCCUCAUCCCAGAACCACCCCUUUGGUCCCAUUAUUUGAGUCAGCACGUUUCGAUAGGAACUGUUGUUUUGAAAUCUUUCCUCUUGCUUUUUCUUCAUCACCCCUAAUUACUCACUCAAGGAAUUUAAUGCCGCCUGUAAAAGCAUCAGACCCAUCAGCCUAACAUCAUCGCACCACCACCACUCCUGACUAUCUCGUUAACUUAUAUGGUCAAACCUCCAGCUGCCCUGGUUCCCUGCUGUAAAACAAUCCGUCCUCUGUGAGAAGCUGUGGAAUUUCCCUUAUCGAUGGUUCAAAUGACUCUUGCUUGUAAACCUCUUACUGAGAUGUUCCUUGAUAGCGUUUCUGCUGCAGGCAGGGGCAGGGGGAGGGGAUGGGAAUGAGGGAUGGUCUUUUGGAGCUGUUAUUUCAGUUUCCUUGGUUUGCUGCAUUGCCCACACAUUGCAGGAAGGCUGCGAGUUUCAGUGCUCAUUCUUCUGCAUCUUUAACUCAGCUGCCAGCCUGUGGCUGCGUUUCUGGAGUUGAAAGCGUCCCAGCCAAAGGUCUGCUGCUGUCAUGACAGUGUGUGCAGGAUCCAUACAUCAGCAGCCAGGUGAUUCUUGCUGUUUACACAUCUCCCGGCCUCUUCCCUGAGAGGAUUUGUCAAGCCUGGCUAGUUUUCACGCUGACCAUUUGGUCUUUUAUCUCCCAGCCACACACCUGCUGUUCCUCCCAUCUGGAUUGUUGGGCCUUUGCAAUUUUCUUCGUUAACUACUGUUAUCUUCUAGGUCUUCUAGGCUUCCCGUCUUAAACUUAGACCUCAGUAAAGUGCUUUCAGGGAGAGGGCAGAUCUCAUUUAGGAUCACACUUGAUCCAACUUGAUCUCCAUUGAACUAUUUCAGGUAAUCUCUCUGAUCCUGUGUCGACAGAGAUCUUGUCGUGGUGAAUAGCUUGAGGAGCUGUGUUAUUUGGGAGGUACUGCUGGCUGUGAUUUAAUGCUGAAUGUGACCAGUGAAAGCUUUUUCUUUUCAUUCAUAGGGAGUGCUGCACCAUCAGCCUUAGGGCAAGAAAGGAAUUUCGUUAUUGUAAUGCAUCAUGGAAUUGCAUAUCAGGCACAUGGCAGAAGGGCCAUUUGUGCACACAUACUGUGAUGCUCAUCCACAUGGCAGAAGGGCCAUUUGUGCACACAUACUGUGAUGCUCAUCCAGUUGCCUAAUCCACUACUGCUCUUUUAAAAUCUUAUACCCAGGUGUCAGCAGCCAGGGAGGUGCAGACAGUUUCCUAGCACAGCGAGCAGUCCUGCAACAUGGCAGCUCUGGGAAAUUCAGAGGCCCUUCCCAGGGAUCCUGGGGAAACUUGCUUUUUCUUCUCCUGUUGAAUGUUUGCUAUGGGGGCUACGAAAGUUUUAAUUGCUUUAAUUUUUUUUUUCUUUCAAGCUUUCAUUUGUAGAGAAACUGAGAGAUGUCAGAACUUGAGGAGCUGUCUGUAGAAAAUUAAAUAGGUCAUUUUAGCUGGGUUUGAGCUAAAAAGUAUCUCAAGUCUGAAGCUCACGUACAGUGUAAAAACUGACACCCCAACCACACUAGUUUAUGAUCUCCACAAGUCCAAGUACGCAUUUUCUUCUGCAUCCAGCCUCACAUAAAACACUAAAAGGACAUUACAACACUAGAAUUGCAGGGUGAGGACAUGAGCACUGUUUGCAAUUGGAAGAAUUGCCUGAUGUGCUCCCAAACGAAGCUCUAACGCUUCUCAUUUUGACUGCCUUUAACCAGCUUUCCCUCUAGAAAAUGCCAAACCCUCUUUGGAGUAUCUGAUUUUUGCCAAGUCCGGGGGAUGGAAGGUGAAGGUCUGACAUGAUGCACAAAACUGUGCGCUGUUUCUGGUUGCAUGGCUCGAAUAUCCCUUCUGUAGCAAAUUUCCUGGUACUUUGGGGCACUCGGUAUUUUGCACAAGGGGGCAUUAAUGUCAUAAAACUUGUAGCGAUAACCCUGUUAUUUUAAACCAAAGGGGCACGUCUUUUCAGUUGCCCUCCAAUUCCCACCCAUUCUGCUGCUAACGCUCAAUUUGUUGGGAAGUUUCUACAUCUGAUAAAGGCUGACAGGGUUGAGUCCCCACUUCUGUACCAACUGCCAAUUGUUGCCACCGAAGGGGUCUUUACAAAGGAUGUAGAGAGUCACGCACUGAUGCCAUUUUAAAGCAAAAAUUUCACUACAUAAGUAAUGCGUAUAUUUCUCAAAUGACUCCGAUGAAAUGCAAAAAGGGAAACAGUACAAUCAAGGCAUCUGAUAUUAAAAAGGAAGCCUCGAUUCUGCUCAACGCCCGCACUGAAAGAGGGAACGGGAGAGGACACAGAAGGCUGUGGAUAACUAACACUGCCCCAGUGAAGCCGAUGGGGUGGGAGGGUCAGGCACAGGGCAUCGUCAUGCUUGGCAAGGCCGACUCUGUCAAUCCCUGUUGUCAGCGUUGUGAGGAAAAGGAGUGUUGGGGGUGGGGGGGAUUUUUAAACAAAAUAAUGUUUUUAAUUGUCUUUUCCACAUAAAUGGAAGGAACCUUACGCAACAGCAAAUCCUUCUGAACAAAAUGGCUGUGUCCACUGACUUAUUUUUAAAAAGAAAAACUGUUUCAAAACUUUUUAGUGUGAAAAGCAUAAACACAGAAAUCCUGACUUUUUCCAGUGUGUGUGGUGAGUGCUGUAACCCUGUCAUCAGUAUCUCUCCUGACUUUUUCAGGGGCGUUUUUUCCUGUUUUGUUUUCUGCUUGUCGAUAUUGUCUGUGUGGUCCUAAGGCUGGGGCAGUUACCAACAAUGUGUGUCUGUUGUCGGAUUAAACAAAAAGAUAGUAGUAGAACUGAAAAUGAUGUGUUUUAAAAUAAUAUUUAAAAAAUAAAUUUCAUCAAAAGGAAUUCAAGUAAAGAAGCUACAAAGCCGUGACUCCUCCUCUUAGGAUUGUACGGAAAAGGAUUUGUGGGCUUAUUAUUAUAACCAGUUGCCUUUCACAGGCUUUUGAGGUCCAAGGCAGCUUGGCCUCUUAGGAAAUGUUACGAACCUUGUAUAAAUUCUUGCUUUCCCAGGUUUAUACUGUAUGUGGAUCAUACAGAAAUGGGCUGAAUGAAACAGUAUUUUGGAGAUGAGCCUUUUCUGCUAAUGGUUGUCUAUGCCAGGCAUCCCUUAAGGUAUAAACCAUUGAUAUAAAUGGGCCAAACGCUUUAGCCGUGUUUUCCCUGCCUUCUCAAUUGCACCCAUCAACACUAGGGACAAGUGUGCAAGCGCGGAUCAGUUGGUGCAGCUAGUCAGUGUGUGCAGGCCCCUUAUCGAAGUUGUAUUUCUUUGUGUCCAGUAUUGGUCACAGAGCUGCAAUGGGUUAUGGUGUAUGCAAGGACCAGCAGCUGCCGUCUGCCGCAUUUGACCUGCACCGUUUAAAAGGAGCAAUGUCAGAAUAAACCACUAAUGUAAAUACACACACACCCCCACCCAAAUCAUUUUACCUAUGAUACUAGAUAAAAAAAUUCCAUUAAAUGGGUUUUUGUAUGAAAUUAUCAUCUUUGUGCCCAUUUUACUUUUCUAGUUUGGAUCUUGAAAAUCAAGUCAAUCAGCUUUGCUUUUAAAAAGAUAUUUCCCAUUUAAGUUCUUCGUGCUUUGGUGGGGUUUUUUGUUCAAAACAAUGUUUUUCCGUGCAGAAACUGGCAAAAAAUGGACUUACCAGUUGCGUGUAGUCAUAUUUGUUAUAAAAUGGCAUUAUCCAAAAUCCAUAUUCAAA